GCGAGCUCUCUCUCUCUCUCUCUCUCUCGCUGUAAGAGGCGGCGCAUCGUGCGCUCGCUCGUCUGUGCUGUGAGUUUGAGUUCCGAUCCUCUUCUUCCUCACACAGAGAGCUGAACCUGCUGACACUUUCCAGCACGCACUGCAGACGCGUUAACAGUUCGAGGCUUCUCUUCACUGAGACUCACAAAGGAAAUAUCUAUCAGACACGCGGAGACGCGCGCAUCAUUCCAGCGGACCGAACCGAAGCGGAUCCGGAUCGGGCAACAGGAGGAUCUCAAACACAGUCCACCUGGAUGUUGCAUCGCGCUUUCCAUGGUGCUGAAAUGAUCUGAUCUGGUCUCAGUCCGAAUCAUCAUCAUCUGCACAGCAGGAGUGUCUUUCGGUUCUGAGCUGUGAUGCUCUUCGUGGAUUGUAAGAUGGUGGAUUUUCUUCGUGGUCGGAGGAGGAUGCGGGUGUCCGUCUGCAAGCCGCCCUGCUCCUUCUGGUUUCUGCUGCUGUUUGGGGUCGGAGGACUCGUUCUCUUCAUCCACCUGCAGGAUCUGUCCGAUAUGGUGCUUCAACAGGCUCCAGCAGGUGUGAAGUUCAGAGGAACCACUCAGUCCAGACAGGAGCAGUGCUCUCAGUUCAGUGAAGUCGUAGGCAGCAUCUCGGCUCGAGUCAACCAGCGUUCAGAGGAGAGCGACGUCGACCCCAUCUCACCGAUGCAGCUGCCAGACUCCCAGUGGAAACGACAGGCCGCCACGCCGGGGUCCCGAGAGCACGACCCGGGCUCUCAACGGGUCACCAAACGCCACCGGAAACUAUUAAAGACCGGCCCGGUGCUGCGACCCCACACAAACUCUUCCCUGCCGAGCUCACGCCGUCUCUCUGACGUCCAGGAUUCCCGCCGAAGGAUCGUACGCGAGGUCUGCGGGAAAUAUCGGAGUAAUAUUUCAAGGACGAUAACACCACAUCACGUCUCGCGGAUUUACGUGGAGGACAGACAUAAACUGCUGUACUGCGAGGUUCCUAAAGCAGGAUGCUCCAACUGGAAGAGAGUCCUGAUGGUGUUGGCCGGCGUCGCCAACUCUACGCGGGAAAUCAAUCAUGUGGCCGUUCAUUACGACAAUCACCUGAAACGCCUGGACAGCUUCGACCGGCAGGGCAUCACCAAGCGUUUGGAGACGUACACCAAAGUCCUGUUUAUCCGAGAGCCAAUGGAGCGACUGGUGUCUGCGUUCAGGGACAAAUUCGAGAGCCCCAAUUCCUACUACCAUCCUGUCUUCGGAAAGCCCAUCAUCUCCAAAUACAGAGUGAACGCAUCUCAGACGGCUUUGAAGACGGGAAGCGGAGUGACCUUUCGAGAGUUCAUCCACUAUCUCUUGGACGUGCAUCGUCCCGUGGGAAUGGACAUCCAUUGGGAAGCGGCCAACCAGCUUUGCAGCCCCUGCCACCUUCACUACGACUUCAUCGGGAAGGUCGAGACCUUGGAAGAAGACGCCAACUUCCUUUUACGAAAGAUCGGGGCACCGGAGAACCUGACGUACCCCUCGUUCAAGGACGGCAACCCCAAAGCGGCCAGAACUUCCACUCAGAUCACGCAACAUUAUUUUUCGCAGCUGAACGCGUCUGAGCGCCAGAGGGCGUAUGACUUCUACUACAUGGACUACUUGAUGUUUAACUACUCCAAACCCUACAAAGACCUGUACUGACGCUUGUGCUUUAACCGCUGGUUACCUGUGUGCGCUGUCUGCUGUCCGAUCAAUGCUUCAGAGACUAAUUAGACUAAUCCACAAUUACACCGUCUCAUCCUCUUCGGAGAUUCAGCCGUCGAUAACCCGGAGCACAUCACUCAUUUACAUAAAUUGCUCUUUAUUUGCCAUUAAAAAGUCUGACAUGUGUCCCAACCAGGCGUGACUCGACAAGUUACCAGUGACUAGCUCAUCUGUCACACUCACAGCAUAAAUUGAGCGUAGUGUAUAAAAACUCACAGCCAAUCACAACUAUCAAAUGUUUAGUAUACAGAUGCACUACUGCUGUAAGAGAUUGGGGUCGAUCAGAGUUUUAAAUUUAUACUUUUAUCUAUCAAGGAUGCAUUACAUUUAUACAAAAUUGACAGUAAGGAUAUUUAAAAGAUUUCUUUUGAACUUAAAAUAAUGAGAAUUUUGGAGGGAAAUAAUAAAAAAUUCUUUAUUUUUGGGGGAGUGUGAAAUUUAGCUCUCUCCAUAUAUAGCUAAUUUAUUUAUAUAUUUAUUUUAUUAAUUGUACUUUUGGAAGUACAUUUUUUUCUUUUUUGGGCACAAAAAAACAGCAAAACUGUUUUCAACAUUGAUAAUAAUCAGAAAUGUUUCUUGAGCAGCAAAUCAGCAUAUUAGAAUGAUUUCUGAAGGAUCAUGUGACACUGAAGACUGGAGUAAUGAUGCUGAAAAUUCAGCUUUGGUCACAGAAAUAAAUUACAUUUUAAAAUAUAGAACACAGUUAUUUUAAUUUGUAAUAAUAUUUCACAAUUUUACUGUAUUUUUGAUCAAAUAAAUGCAGCCUUGAUGAGCAGAAGAGACUUCAUUCAAAAAAAUCUUACCAACCCCAAACAUAUGCGGUGGGAUUUUGGACCAAUGAGGUGUCAGUGUAGGCGGGGCUACACUAACUUGUAACCAAGUAUUAGACAAAAUAUCAAAAUAUUUAGGACAGAAACUCAGAGAGAAACUUGUUGCUUUGUUGUGUCACGCCUGUUACGUUACGCUGAUCAGAAUAUUACACCAUGAAAGUAGAAAAGGGCAACAUUUGUGACAGUAAAAAAUUAAUCUCUUACAAAAAAAUACCACGGUAUUAUUAUUGUUAGCAAGGUAUUCUUUGCAAAAAAAUUAGUACAGCUAUGGUGCAAUGAAGGUAUCACGUGGUAAUACUAUGGUAUUUUGAGUGUACUAUGGUGUUUCAGGGUACUUUCUAAGAAUACCAUGGUACUGCAGUCGUACAGCUAAUCUAUAAAAAUAAAAUAAAAACACUUUUGUAAAUACUAUAGUAUGUGAAUAUGGUAAAACAACUUUACCAUGAAGUAUACUAUAUAGUACAUGAAUAUAGUAAUCAUGAUCAUCGUACCAUGGUAUUUUUGAAAGUGUUUCCUCCUAUUAUAUACAGUAUAUUAAGAAGAUCACUCACUUCCCUUUAGCAAACACUCAAUCCUCCACCACUAACUACACUGAUAUUUUCAGAUAAAUCUAUAAUCUAUCUAUAAUUGUAAAAAGGGCAUUCAGAGGAUUAUAUUUUUCUAUGUAUUUGUAAAACAGCUUUAGAUGUGAUUGAUGCUUUUGUGCAAAUUCAUCUCUGAAGUCACUGACCAUCUGUUGGGUUUGUGAGUAUGAAACGAUCUGUGCACUAGAUCCUUAAACCAUGUUUAUUAGACUAGGAUGCGUGUGUGUGUGCGUGUGUGUGCGCGCGCGCGUGUUUGCAACACUACGCUGAUGUCUUGUACGUGAGUUUAUUUCCAAACACAGCACAUUAAAUGACUAUAUAGAACUGAACAGAUUUUAUUGAUCCAAUGCAAAAUACACAGUUUAAGAGCUAUAUAUGAUGAGCAUAAUAUAUUUUUAUUUUAUUUUAUUUUAUUAGAGAUCACAGAGAGUAGAUUUAUGUCAUAUGAAGACGUGAGAUGGUGUGUUUCACAGUAAAGACUGACUCAGCUUUAUAACCGUGAGUGUUUCUUCUGUCACCCGCAUCCCUCACACUUCUUUAAGAAUACAUUUAUAAAUAUAUAUAUAUAUAUAUAUAUAUAGAUCUAUAUGAUAUCACACAUACAGUAACCGGUGAAUGUAUAACUGUUGUUGGUGCAAAACUGUACAAAUCCAUAUGAUCUAUAAGCCCUUUGCCUUAUUUGACACUGCCGGUGUUUCAGGAAGAGCUGCAGUCGCAGACUGACAGUGAAUAAACAUUUUGU